UGAACAUUGAACGCGUGUUAAUCACAGUUGUUCGUAAUAAUGUUUGAACACGUGCAUUUUUUAAUUAUUUAAUUAAAAAUAUUGUCAAAACAUGCAGGAAACUAUUAAAAUGGAAAUCGAUGAUAGCGUGGUGAAGAACGAAAAUAUCGAUGCUCCAGAAAUCAGCUAUGAAAAAAAGCUACGAUUUGUGAAUGCUAUUGCCAAACCCCUGGCAUCGAAGAAGUUAACCAAAAAGAUUUAUAAAUGUAUAAAGAAAGCAUCCAAAUAUAAAAAUAAUGUGCGUAAUGGUUUAAAAGACGUACAAAAACAUCUUCGUAGAGGUGAAAGAGGUUUGGUAGUAUUUGCUGGAGAUGUAUACCCCAUAGAUAUUAUGUGCCACUUACCAAUUAUAUGUGAAGACAAGGACAUUCCCUAUUGUUUCACUCCAUCGAGAAUGGAUAUUGGUGCAGCGAUGAAUAUGAAACGUGGCAGUCUUGUGGUACUCAUCACGGAAAGUUACGAAUAUCGUGAACUCUACGAUGAAAUUAAAGCUGCAAUGAAAACACUUUCUGCGCCUUUAUAAUUUAUGUAUUUAGGCUACGUUUGUAUAUUAUUUAUUU